AGCCCCGCCUCUUGCGGCGCUGUGAUGGCGGAGUUGGAAAUAGGGCAGCACUGUCAGGUGGAGCAUUGCCGGCAGCGAGAUUUUCUUCCAUUUGUAUGUGAUGGUUGUUCAGGAGUAUUUUGCCUUGAACACAGAAGCAGGGAGUCACACAGCUGUCCUGAGGUGACUAUAAUCAAUGAGAGACUGAAAUCAGAUAAGCCUACAUCUUACCCAUGCUCAUUCAAGGACUGUGCUGAAAGAGAGCUUGUGCCAGUUAAAUGUCCUUUUUGUGAGAAGAAUUUUUGCCUGAGGCACCGUCAUCAGUCGGAUCAUGAAUGUGAAAAACUGGAAAUUCCUAAGCCUCGUAUGGCUGCCACUCAGAAACUUGUUCAAGACAUUAUUGAUUCUAAGACAGGAGAGACAGCAAGUAAACGACGGAAAGGUGCAAAAAAUAGUGAAACAGCUGCAAAGGUAGCGUUGAUGAAAUUAAAAAUGCAUGCUGAUGGAGAUAAGUCAUUGCCACAGACAGAAAGAGUUUACUUUCGGGUUUUCUUACCUAAGGGGAGCAAAGAGAAGAGCAAACCAAUGUUCUUUUGCCACCGAUGGAGCAUUGGAAAGGUCAUAGACUUUGCAGCUUCUUUAACCAGUCUUAAAAAUGAUAAUAACAAAUUAACAGCUAAGGCAAGUUCCCUGGGAAUUUAACUGAGGUACUGCAGAAACAUUAGUUCCAUUCCCUAUAUUCAACAUUGGUGCAGUGUGUCAUGUUUCUCCUAAUGUGGUACAUGGAAACAAGAGAUUGAAGAAACUGUCAUUGUAAGAUCAAGUUAUGGAGAUGAUUGGCCAAACUCCAGCUAUCUCUUCUUGCAAUUAGAAGAUCUUAAACUGCUGCAAGUGGUGAAUAUGACAAAAACCUUAUCAGAAACCUUGUGACAGAUGAAGAUGGACAAAUUUGACUGUUCAACUAUGGGAUUCUGAAGAUUUUGGCAUCACAGGAGGCACAGCAUAGGGUUUUGGAUUUGUGAUGACCUGCACAUGCCCUGGGGGAGCGAGGUCUAUUUCUUCGUUCUGCCUCUAGAAGGAGGUAUCUAUCAUUUGGUCCUUUAGAUAACUUGCACUUUAGUGUUAUUGGUACUGAUACUGAUAUUCACCAACUUUUUUUUUUUUUUAAAGAUUUAAUUUAUUUGACAGAGAAUACAAGCAGGGAGAAGUGGCAGACGGAGAUGGAGAAGCAGGCUUCCCUCUGAGCAGACCCUGAGAUCCCAGGAUCAAUCCCAGAUCCUGAGAUCAUGACUCACGCCGCAGACAGACACUUAACCAACUGAGCCACCCAGGCGCCCCGAUGUUUGCCAAUUCUUACUUGUACAAUGGGAUGUUUGACAUUUUAUAUUCCUGUUUCUAAAAUUAUAUAUACCUUUUUAAAAAAAAUUAUAUAUACCUUUUUAUACUUAUAAUCAGUUGGAAUAGUCGUCAAGUGUAGAAUACUUGAAAAAGCAAACUUCUUGGAGAGAAUAAUUAGAAUUCUGGGUUUUAAUGCCUGUAGGGAUUUAUUUGACUUUCAGAAUGUUUCUAAAAAUAGUUAACCUAGAGGUACCUUUAUUGGGUGUCUUAGUUCCUGCUCUGGGUUUGUUGUUUCGGUACUCCUUUGCUGAAACUUCUGUGCUGCCUCUUCCUGUUUGUAAACUUUUUGCUAUCAAAAGUGGGAUACUCAUUCCUUAGCCCUUGCUAUUAUUCAGCUUUUUUUACAGUCCAAGACCGACUUAGCUUCUGUGGCUCCUUUUACAGUGGUCAUGUGUUCUGGAUUGUGAAAUGUUACUGUUCCUUUCUGUUCUAUAAGGCUAAGAAAAGAUGUAUCCUUAUCAUAGAAGAUAAAAGGAAAAAGAAAUCCCUAACAAUUAAAGCACUACUGAAUUCCUACUCUGGAUGAGAUACUGUGGGAGAUUCAAAGAAUAUCUAAAAUGAUGCCUGUUUUCAAUACACUUAUGAUCUGAUUGAAAACCUGACACUAGGGGAGUGCUAAGCACCCCAUGAGUAGUACAGAUAGUUAAAUGUGCGGAAAUUCAGAGGAAGGAGAGCACUUUUCAACUGUGUUAGUUUGGAAAUGUUUUAUAGAGUUGAAUUUGAAUAUGACACUUUAUUAUAGUCUCUUAAACAGGAAAGAGCAAUAAAUAAUCCUUUGGUGAUUGUGAUAUAUCCCAAGUAUUUAUGGAAGGGCUCUCCAUUUAAUAGGCAGUCAGUAAAUGCUCACAUAGAGAAUGAAUAUGUAAAUUCCUACUUCUCUCAUUGGCUCAUCAGAAUCAAUGUCUUUUUUUUUUUUAAUGUCUUAAAUGUAGCCUCUCUGCUCUCAUACCUGUACUUCCUCUUGUCUUGCACAUGUGUCGCUAAGGAUAUUACCAUUUAUCCUGAAACAGUAUCAUCUCUUUCCCCUUUUCUCCUUUCUUCAUCCUUUCCUUUAUAGUCCAGUUAUUUCCUAUAGGAAAUUUCCUAUAAUAUCUUUUCAUCAAUCUCUUCAUUCCCAGUAAUACCACUUUUUUUUUGCCCUAUAUUAUUGCUUCCCUAAACCUUUAACUUGCUUUUGUCCCUUCUGUCCACUGUCCAGUCACAGUCAGAUUAAUCUUCCUAAAAUCUAACUUUGAUUUUGUAUCUUCCCUGCUGCAAGCUUUUUUGCCUUUUGAAUAAAGUCUGUAUUCCUUCUUUAUUACACCGUACUAUCAGACUUCAUUCUCACUUUCCAGUUUUAUCUCCGCUCCCACUUCUUUACACACAGCCUUUGCUCCAUUCAAACUGGAUGAUUUGGUAUCUCAUGAAUAUGCCUUUGUUCAUGCUGUUCCUACAACCAGAGGAGCAGGCCUUGUCUUUAUCUAAAUUCUGAUGACUCCUGCAGACCUGGCGCAAGUAUCAGCCUUGCCAUGAAGCUUUUGCUAAUCCCACUUAGCAAACUGUAAGUGAAAUUUUCUCUAAAUUCUCACAAUUUUUUUAUAUUUCAUAUUUAGCCAGCUUGGCUUGUUUCAUAACUGUUUGUGUUCCUGUCAUAUUCUAUUUUGCUAUAAAUCCUUGAACAUGAGAACUACAACCAAAAUAUAUAUAUAAUAUUAUAAACUAUUAAUUUUGAUACUCCCACACUUCCUAUGUGCUUACUCAAAUAAAGGGCUGACGCACAGACUAGGUCCCAAAGGAAUAGUGUGCUUGUUCUAUACCACCUUUGAAUGUUCAGUGGCAAUUUUAGUAUCUAGUUUGAGUUUGCACUCUUCUCCAAAGAUAGUAUGGGCAUCAAUAAUGAGAAAUCUCUCGAAAUAAUUCUGCUUUCCACGUUUUCUUACCUGGUAGUUGUAGGCAAAUGAAUCUUCCUAUAGUCCAGUUUCCUUGUCUAAAAAAAUGGAGAUAAUAAUGUGAAUUCUAUCAAAUUGUUAGGGGGAAUUGUCAGCCGAGAAAAGGAGGUGAAAGUGAACAAGAAACAAGGCCUUUUAUUUGGGGCCUCCGAAUUGCAAUUCAGAGAGCACAAAUUGUGUUAGCAACCAGAAAAGUGUCCCACUCGUGGGGAAGAGAAGAGGUUAUUCUGAGAAAGAAGAAUUGGGGUAAUUACAUGAUUUUGAUAAAGAGAGAAAAAUAAAACCCUGUUAAUUGGUGCUAAGCAGUUGAGCUGCUUUUGAUUACUUUAAUUGGUGCUAUCAAAUGAAACUAAUCUUUCUAUGUUUUAGUUAACUAUUCUGUCUUCAUAAAGUUACCGACAGUUUUAUGGUCCUGAUGCCAAUUGUUCUGUUUAGCAACUCCUUGUAAAACAGUUGCCGCUUUUGGUCCAGUUCAGGAAUUCACUUGUUAGAAAGGAAAAUGAAGCUUCCAAAUGGCGUCUCACAUUCAGAAAUUUUAUGUAAUUACACAGAAUUAAAUGAGAUCAUACUUACAAUGUACUUACUUAGAAUAGUACCUAGCACAUAGUACAUGGUCAGUGUUAGCUGCUGCUAUUUUAUCAUAGGUUAAACUUUUGACCCUGAAAUAUCUAUUGGUUUGAAGUAUGAAUCUGAUAACUCUGUAUGGAGCCUAAAACUUUGAACAUUUUCCUAUCAGUGAUAUUCACCCAUAGUACUAGGGAAUUUUUGUUUACUUUGCCAGCUAAUAGGACAACUAGGGUUCUCUUUUUCUAAUUUCACCAAACCCAGUAUAUGAAUAUCAAGAUUUAUAAAAGACCUGGUUUGGCAUGGUGGUAGAUGGUUAUUAUUCACUUUAUAAAAUGAUAAUUGCCUGCAUGGAAUAUUUUACUGACUCCUUAAAACAGAAAUCUCCACCUAGGAGUUUAUAGUUAAGCUUAUACAAAUUUAACUUAUAUUUUCAUGAACAUUUUUUUUUAAAGAUUUUAUUUAUUUGAGAGAGAGACAGAGAUAGCGAAG